AGACUAUUGGGAGCGUGACUGAUGAUUCUACCAGACCCCAUUCUUCAGUCAACGUAUCAGUCAACAAUGUUGUAAAGUCCCAGAUUUAUAUAUUAUAGGGCCACAGUGCACGAGGGUUUUACUGUAGAGUAGCUUUGAACGGCAAGUCGCUCAGAAGUCCAUUUUCUGUCGUAGAAAGCAUUACUAUUAGUAAACAAUUGUCAUUCAACAUUGGGCAAUCAAAAGAUGGAUUUUCUAGAACUUCAGUAUUCGGAUCCAGUCGUCAUAUGUCCAUACGACGAAUCGCACCAAAUAGCGCGAUCCAGAAUUCAAUCGCACAUUGUGAAAUGUGAAAAGAACCAUCCUCCAGGUUACAAGGAAAUAUGCCCAUACAAUGCUUCACAUAGAGUAUUCAAAGAUGAGCUAGCACAUCAUUUGAAGCAUUGUCCCCAGAAGAAAUUAAUAGAGCCUGAAUUAAACCAACAUGUCAAAAACCAUGGAUGUCAAAUGACUGAAUUCAUGGCAAAAUCAGAUCUGGGAAGUAUGAUCGAUCAUGGAGAAUCUUGGGAUAAUGAAAUAGAGAAAGAUUCUGUUUCAAUUAAUGGAAAACCUAGUUUAACUAAUGAUAGUAACAUCAACAAACUUUUCCAUCAAGGCUAUCUGGGUACCACUCGGAAAUUAGUUAACGACACACCUGGCAACCCCUUGCGUGCUCCGCGUGGUUUUUCAGAAGCUAUGAUGGUUGAUGGAGGUUUUGGGACUGAAGUUUUGGAUAUGGAUUCGGUAAUUAGUGUAAUGGCUAUUGGGCGUGGGCGCGCUAAGCCAGGAAAUAUGCAGCAAUACAGAAGAUUGAUGAUUGGUAAGGAAAGACCUAUGACAUAUCAAUAGUGAGUAUUUGAAACCUGAUGAAAGACUUGAUUUUCAUUGUUACCUACAUAUAUCAUAUUCAUUUUUGUAAAACCUUCUGAUUUGAAUAAUCAGACCAGCAAGUAAGUUCUGGGAUGUUAUUUUUCAUUCCAGAAAUCUUUCGAAAUACUUGAAAUAUUUAGUUGAAUCCAAAGGUCCAUUCAAACCAUCCUUAUAUUCCCACAAAUUGGGAAGUACUAAUGUUAAGUAUGUCAUACGAUUUGAGAACAAAGAACUUUAGUUUUGUAAUUUGUAAUACUACAGUAGCUUAAGUAAGGACGAGAGUAAGGGAUAGAUAUCCAAAAUUCAUUAAAUUCUAUCGAUCUCUAAUUUUUUAUUUUUUCUUGCAAUUAGAUUAGUGAUGUUUAUCACGAUACAAUAGUUUCUCAUUAUUUACACCUUGUUGAGUUGAAAUAAGACAUCAAAUUUAAAUUGAAGACUAUGUUUUUCCGUACAGCAUGUUCCUUACUUUUAAUAGCGAUUCCUCGGUUUGUGAUACUAUUCCGCCGUCAUUCGGAGAUUGCUCGACACAUUUGUUACUUAUUUUAUAUUAUUUAUUCACACAUGUCAUAAUUAUCAAUCCACAACGUUGAUUUAUAGAAAGAUAAUGUGAGUAAGACAAAAAAAAAAAAACUAAAUAGUCCCUCAAGUACCUAACCAACCUUAUUAGAAUGGUUUAUUCUGCUGUUCAACUUGAAAAUUAAUUCUUGCUACUCUGGCUAUUAAAUUAAUAUUGAGAUCAUUAUUCAGUUAUUUGUUCAUUGAUAUUGUUCAUCGUGUUAAUCGUCGAUUUUUCUUGCUUUCAAUUACAAGGGAUCUGACACAGAAACGAUUGAUGCUGUAAUGCAGUUUAAAUUUAUUAUCUUCUGCAGUCAGUAAAUGUAUCUGGUGGCGCUCUGCACUCCCUGCAAUUGUAGCAAAGUUUUUUUCUUUCAUAUAAUUAUUGCUGGUAAAGCGCUGUGAUUGAAGAGAAUACGAGUCCGUUCAUAAAAAUUGCUGUUGCAACAGAUAUAAAUUUUGAAUGGAUAUGAUUAGUGGUAAUCAGAUUUUUAUUUUCCUGAAUAGUUAUUAUACAACUACGUUCGUUUUGAAGUCAUUAGAGAUUUAUUAUGCAUAACAAUUAUAGUGGAUAAAAAAAAAAACAACUCAAUAUUAAUAUUUCAAUUUUCUCCAAACUGUACACAUUUUAAUAUUUGAACACUUUCCAAAACAUGUACAUCUGAUAAAUAUUUGGGAAUAUUUAAUUUCGUUGACUCGAUGUUGCUGUCUACAAUAUUCCCCAUCCCGAUAGGAUUCGGUAUUUUCUCAUGGUUGUUUUACAUUGAUUAGCAAAGUAGAAUCAUUUUUCAAUUGCUCAAAUAUGUCAAUGAUUUUCCUUAAAUUUUAUCGCUUCCUGCGAUGUCAAAGUUAGGCAGCGUUUUGUGUUAUUGUAUCUAAACAAUUUAACUGCUUUAUAUAGACUAGAAUCUUUAGCAAAAGCAGUGAAAUAAUUUAUUAUAAUUUUCUUCGUGAUGCGGCGAGUGCAGAGUUGUCAUUUGUCUGAGAAAAAAAAUGUAGGCAUAAAUAAUUUUUCGGCCGAUAUUGACGGUGAGAAAUUACCCUACUAAUUGUAAAACAUUUCAAUAUUAGAACUAAUACUUUCGUUUCUCUGUCUUUUGUACGUCAAAUUAUGUUCACCUAUAGAUUAAUAGCGUUCUAGUAUACAGAUCACUGACUUGUUCAAUAUACUGAAAAUCUCUAUUGCCAAUUAGGGUGGAUUUUCAAAUAUUGGUUUACAUCUUCUCGAAAAUGACGAUUACGAAAUAUCUUCCAACAUGAGAUGUACAUAAUCCAUAACAAAUAUCACCCUAUGUCAAGGACUUGUUUGUAUUUUUCGGAUGGAUACUAUAGAUUUAUUCGGUACUAACAGAUUAUAUGUAUUUUAUUGAAAUUUUCGAACGAUUACUUAUAUCUAUGAGCGAAAUUGAAUUUUGUACACUAGCAAAUGUUGCCAGUACUUAUUUACAUACUAAUCUAAACGCACGCUUGGAGUUAUAUUGGCAGUUUCCUAGCUGCAGUCAGUGUUUGUUGUACGAAAACUGUUUCAAUUUAUUGAGCGCAACAGUUGCACAAUACCGAGAUCGUUGCACUGUGUUCACGUUCACGUAAAAGGGCGGCAUUUAUUAAUCGAUGGAAUACACCACCUAGUCUUGCACAAAUAAUCGGAUAUAGUUUUGUUUCGUUUUUAGUUUUAGUUUUUUUUUUUUUUUUUUUUUCAUAUUUU